AAUGUGGUUCGGGAACAGUUUUCGAUGUGAUCAAUUUGAGCAUGCCAUGCCUAUCUAUAUAUGUUACGUGAAUUCAUUGAAACGAUGAAUAAUGUAUUUCAAUGAUGGUCAGUAGCCCUUCAAUAAGAAAAGUAAACAUUGAAUUGAUAGUUGCAUUGUGUGUAGGCAACAUUUUAUAGCAGGCAAGCUAUAUCCUUACAGUAGACAUGGGUUUUGAAACCAGGAAAUGCCUAUAAAAUAGUUGUGCCAGCACCUUAUUUUUUUUUACCCUUAUUUUACCAGGUAAAUUGACUGAACACGUUCUAAUUUAAAGCAAUGACCUGGAUAUUGUUAAAGGGGAGAGGGGAGGUGUGAAUGUGUGAAAGCUGGUGAUGCCAGUUUGGAAAUGUGUCCAGGACACUGGGGUUAACAUAACACCCCUACUCUUACAAUAAGUGCCAUGGGAUCUUUAGUGACCACAGAGAGUCAGGACACCUGCUUAACGUCCCGUCUGAAAAAGGUCACCCUACACAGGGCAAUGUCCCCAAUCACUGCCCUGGCGCAUUGGGGUCUCCUUCGACCAGAGGCAGUAGUGCCCCCUACUCACAUCCAGGGACUGACCAGGACCUUGCUUAGCCUCAGAGGCAAGCCAACAGUGGGAUGCAGGGUGGCAUGUUGCUGGCCACCACCCAUGUAACCCUCUCUAAUAAUCUGUAAGGCGAUCUAAAUUAAUUUAGCAGUUGGUGUUUUCACAGACUAUCGUCUAGGAGUGUGGAUAAACUGGAAAAUAUGUUUUACUUUGUAUAAGAUCACAAAUACGUCGGUCCUUGGUCCAUCACAUAAGCUGUGGCUGCAUUUUAAAUGCCGGCAAAACAUUCUUGAGGCUCCUGUGAAAAGACUGGCACUUAUGUUGACACUGUGUGACCUAGUUCUGUGACUGACUCUACUGCCCGGUAUGAGAUGUGAGGCAGUGGGUGAACUGAACUUCUCCUCCUCUGCCCUCUAACCUGGCUGCUGUGCCUGACAUGACCCCUUUGCUGGGCACAGCCCUUGUUCAGGCCCCUCUCCUACCCUCCUUGGUCGUUCUCUCAGUGCAAAUUCCACAAACACACCCAGGCUUUAUUCUAUUCUGUGUGUGUGUCCUGCCAAACUGUAAACAGGCAGUAUUGUUUAGUGUGUGUGUGUGAAUGUGUGUGUGUUUGUUUGCGUUGGUGUGUGUGAGUGCACAUCUGUGUUUUUGCGAGAGGGCAUAAGAGAGCGGGAUGGAGACAAAGACAGUGUUUCUUUUACCAGUGUGGCUGGCUGGAUCCCAAAGCCAGGCUUAUAUGUUGGGCUGCUUACUUCACCUUUAAUAUGUUAGUCAGACUUCUUGUGAAUCUUGUGUUUCACUCGGUGAGAAGAUUCUAACGGUCUGUUAAUGCUGCCACAUAGUAUCCACCCCGUCAAUGGCAGCUUUUGUGUGUGUGUGUGUGUGUGUAGUCUAUAAGCGGAUGACUGCGUGUUACUGUAUGUAGGUGCAUAGAUGCAUGCUAGAACAUGCAUGUGUAAUGGAUGCAAUAAUAGCUUAUAGCAUCAGUUAGCGAAUCAGAUGCUUUUAUGAAAAGUGACUAGUGACAGUGACACUCAGUAUGGGUGGCCCCCUGCCCGUGUUAUGGGGUAAGCUGAGGUGGAUGUCUGUGCUGUUUAUGGUUGUUAUGGGGUUAGCUGAGGUGGAUGUCUGUGCUGUUUAUGGUUGUUAUGGGGUUAGCUGAGGUGGAUGUCUGGGCUGAGCUUCAGAGAUAGUGGGAGGGGAGAGGAGGCGCCUGCACCCUUAAAGUUCACUGUAUCUUAAUAGUUCAGAGUGGCUCACUGUCUUUGUCUCCUCCUCUUCAUCCACACACACCAUUCUAUAUGAUGUUGUCGAGAGGAAUGACAGACCUUUAAUUUCUAUUGACUUUAGAGCAUAGGCCUAUGAAAUAUUAGAGGGCUGCAGGUUUAGGUUGUUGUAUGCUUGAGAUAAUAGGUUAUGGGCAAUUCAAACAAACCCACAUUGUAGUACUGUAGGAGUAGGAUAUUUACACAGAUGUAAACACACAUUUUACAAUCAAAUAACAUCUCUGAAUUUGUUUUAGACAGUUUUAGGCCUAUAUAAAUAGCAGAUAGAAGUGAUAUGCUUUCACUUUUCAGAAUAAGACGUGUGUAUGGGCAUUGACAUUUGCUACAUAUGGAUAAGUAGGCUUUUUCAAAUAGUAUUUUAAGGGUCUCCUUUCUGCUCAAAACACACUGUAAAAUGGUUUACUUUGUCUGAAAGACAAAUGAAAGCGUUAGGUUCACUUCAGUUGCUUCCAAAUGGGUAUCAUCACUAAACAUGUUUUGUCCAUUGGAGGGUGCUGUCUGUUAGUGUUAAGGUCACUGAUGAGCUGAUAGCACCCAUCAUACGGAGAGGGAAUCCUAUGGUUGGGCUUUAUUUUACAGCCCUCUAUUUACCUGGUGUCCUUAGAAAUGAUAUGGUAAUAGUAGUUAAAUUACUUGAUAAUUAGGCCCUCCUUCUUAGUGGUUUCUCAUUGAUUGUAACAUGCACCACUAGUACCAUGUUACUUGUUAUAGUGAACAAAAAUUCAAGAGUUCAACAAUUUCAAAGAUUUUUACAGAGUUACUGUUUAUAUAAGGAAAUCAGUCAAUUGAAAUAAAUGAAUUAGGCCCUAAUCUAUGGAUUUCACUUGACUGGGCAGAGGUGCAACCAUGGGUGGGCCUUGGAGGGCAUUGGCCCACCCACUGGGGAGCCAGGCCCAGCCAAUCAGUUUUUCCCAACGAAAUGGCUUUGUUACACACAGAAAUGCACCUCAGUUUCAUCAGCUGUUCAGGUGGCUGUUCUCAGACAAUCCCGCAGGUAAAGAAGCCAGAUGUGGAGGUCCUGGGCUGGCGUGGUUACAUGUGGUCUGCGGUUGUAGGGCUGGUUGGGACGUACUGCUAAAUUCUCUGAAACGACGUUGGAGACCGCUUAUGACCCUGUGGUGGUGUGCGUAGCGCACCAUGGCCCAGACCCUUCAGAUGGCGAUUCCUAACUUUGGCAACAACGUCCUGGAGUGUCUGAACGAGCAGCGUCUCCAGGGGCUCUACUGCGAUGUCUCCGUGGUCGUCAAGGGACACGCCUUCAAGGCUCACCGUGCCGUGCUUGCGGCCAGCAGCUCUUACUUCCGGGACCUGUUCAGCACUGGGGGAGGCAGCGGCUCCAAGACCCCCACAGUGGUGGAGCUCCCCCCAGCCGUCCAGCCCCAGAGCUUCCAGCAGAUCCUGGCCUUCUGCUACACAGGCCGCCUCAGCAUGACAGUGGGAGACCAGUUCCUCCUCAUGUACACCGCAGGAUUCCUGCAGAUCCAGCAGAUCAUGGAGAAGGGCACAGAGUUCUUCCUCAAGGUUUCCUCGCCCAGCUGUGACUCCCAGGGCCUGCAAGCCGAGGAGGCUCCGCCCUCCGAACCCCAGAGCCCCGUCACUCAAACCGUUGCCAUGGGGACUGGCAGUCGCCCCGCCUCCUGCCUUACCCCCCUCCCCCUCAUGUCGCGGGUGAAGACAGAGCAGCAGGGCAACCAAUCAGAAGCCUCGCCCUACUCGGUGGUGUGCACUCCUGUGGCCAAGCGCUUGUGGGAGGGCGGCAGCAGCCGAGACGGGGGUGGAGGGGGCUCAGGUGGAGGCGGAUCCAGGAAGGCCGCCCGCUUUUCCCAGGAGUCCGUGCGAGGGAGUGCCAUCCAGAGCUCGGGGGCGCUGGCACUGGCCAUGGGGAUGGGAGCCAGCGGGGCGGGGAUAGGAUCAGGGGUUGGGGGCCACGGCAGCGGUUCCAACGGGAGUGUGGUCUCCAUGGGCAACGUGGCAUCGGAGGGCGCCAGCCCGGGCACGAUGAGCGCCUACACCAGUGACUCGCCUAUCAGUUACCAUGACGAGGAGGAAGAGGAGGAGGUGACGGAGGAGCAGACGGAGGAGCAGUACAGGCAGAUCUGUAACAUGUACACCAUGUACAGCAUGCUCAACGUGGGCGCCGCAGCUGGUGAGCGUGUGGAGGCCCUGCCGGACCACUCAGAGACCCGGGGUCGUAUGCGGGGUCGCCAGGACCUGUCGUCUCUCCCCGCUGAGCUCAUCACACAGAUAGGCAACCGCUGCCACCCCAAACUAUACGAGGAGGGGGACCCCGCAGAGAAACUAGAGCUUGUCUCAGGUACGUGUGUGUUCAUAUCUCGAGCCCAGCUGAUGAACUGUCAUGUGAGUGCAGGGACCAGACACAAGGUGUUGCUCAGGAGGCUGCUGGCUGCCUUCUUCGACAGGAAUACUCUGGCUAACAGCUGUGGAACAGGAAUCCGCUCCUCCACUAACGACCCCAGCCGCAAGCCCCUGGACAACAGAGUGUUGCACGCAGUCAAAUUCUACAGCCAGAACUUCGCCACGAGCUUCAAGGAGAGCGAGAUGAACGCCAUCGCGGCGGACAUGUGCACCAACGCCCGCCGCGUCGUCCGCAAGAGCUGGAUCCCCAAGCUGAAGCUGCUCAUGGCCGAGGGUGACGCGUACUCCGCCUUCCUCCCUGACGCCAAGAUGGAGGCCGACGCCCUAGGGGCGGAGCCAACCUUUGAACCCAACUCCCUAGAGGGCGCCGAGACGGGUGGCUCGUCCGGCGAGUCGCUGCAGGGGGUGGGCAGCGACGGAGGCACUUUGUUUUAGAUGGGGAGGUGGAGUACAGAAGUGUUUAGAAGACGAUGCUGAUGAUGAAUACCUAUAUUUCCCUGUACUCCUUUCUUCUCCUCUGGUGGUGUGGCCCAUCCCCCUGACCCUUUGGCUUUUUGAUCCUCCACCUCCGACAUGUGACUCUGAAACGUUGCUAGGGGAAACAGGGGUUGUUACUAGGAUGUUAACCAGGAAGUUAUGCUUUAAUUUUGAAAGCGAGAGUCCAAGCAAUCGUAACUUCCAAUAUGGUUUCUGCUGUAUAUUAGUAUGGGGGUAGAGAAAGGGUAAUUGUAAUUGUAAAGAAAUCCAAGGGGAACAGAAAAAGACGGUCAUAUUUUUUUGAAUAUGUAUUUCUACAACUGUUGUUGUGUACAGAGAGAAAGAGAGGGAUUGGUUUUAAAUCUGUUGUUUUAUUGUAUUUUGAACAGCUGUUUUUGCAAAGAAAGUCCUGCUCCGAAAAAUAAGAUUUCAAAGCAAAUAAGUAAAAGUGCUAUUUUUGCAUAAAAAUAUGGUAUUGAUCAAGUGGUCAGAAAAGUCUUAACGUCGGGCCUUUUGAGUUUUUUGUUUUGACAAACUGUUGAACUGAAAAAUAUCUGUUUUUAAGACAGAACUGGGCACUUUCUACCUGCGGCAAUCCAAUAUAGCUUAUUAUCUUAUUCUUGUCCUUUUUUCUCUAUGGAAAUUGUCAAGGAAGCCUACCUAUGUGGCUGUUCACAACGAUGACUGACUCUGUUAUGCUUGCUAGCGACGUUACUAUGCUAGCUAAACUGCUUACUCGGAAAUCACGGCUAAAUGUAAAAAUGCACAGCUUGAAUCAACUGGUGGACUGCUGCAACUAUCGUGCUAGCGAGCUAACCCCUCCUCUGUUGGUUAGUGACUUGCUCCGAAGCAGACUACUGACAUCAUUACACAUCAUGAGGUGCUAGCGAGCUAACCCCUCCUCUGUUGGUUAGUGACUUGCUCCGAAGCAGACUACUGACAUCAUUACACAUCAUGAGGUGCUAGCGAGCUAACCCCUCCUCUGUUGGUUAGUGACUUGCUCCGAAGCAGACUACUGACAUCAUUACACAUCAUGAGGUGCUAGCGAGCUAACCCCUCCUCUGUUGGUUAGUGACUUGCUCCGAAGCAGACUACUGACAUCAUUACACAUCAUGAGGUGCUAGCGAGCUAACCCCUCCUCUGUUGGUUAGUGACUUGCUCCGAAGCAGACUACUGACAUCAUUACACAUCAUGAGGUGCUAGCGAGCUAACCCCUCCUCUGUUGGUUAGUGACUUGCUCCGAAGCAGACUACUGACAUCAUUACACAUCAUGAGGUGCUAGCGAGCUAACCCCUCCUCUGUUGGUUAGUGACUUGCUCCGAAGCAGACUACUGACAUCAUUACACAUCAUGAGGUGGUGAUUCAAUGACAGGAAAACAUUUGGAAUAAUGGAAUGUGCCUUUUUUAAUCGACAUGGAUAUGCAGGGGUGGGUCCUGCUUAUGUUGAUGUUGGGAAGGAGGGAGUAGAAUGGGGUUUAAAAGGGGGCAGGUCGUUCAGCUUGAGACAGAGUUGUAACACACACACACACACACACACACACACACACACACACGUGUUCCAAAGAGAGAUGGGGUGAGGUCAGGAGGAUUGGCAUUCCAGUGGAGUAUGUUAGUGUGUUUUAAACAGUCUCAUAUAUGUGCGAGAGCAAGCAUUUGUGUUCAUUCCUUGAAUGUGACUGAAAAGUAUAUUUUUUUCCUGUGCGAUUGAUGUGUGUGAGUGCGCUUUAGGUGGGUGUGUGUGAGUGUGCUUUUACGUGUGUGUGUCCUCCACCUGGUAGUUUUUUGGAUUGGUUUAAGACUCCCUUUGCUGGGACACUUGUCUUUGUGAAUGAUGACCUACACCAUCUUCCAUACACCUUUGCAAUCCAAAAGAUGUGAGACACCUUCAGAUAGAAAAGUGAUGUAUAGAGCGGACACAAUUCACUUUUCUCCAUACGGCAGAGAAGCAGGUCCACUCUAUGCAUGACAUUUCUGUCCUGAUUGCUGUUGUUUAACUCUCUCUCACGCUUGGUAAAUCCAAAAUGGACAAUGGUGGAUAUGUUAAAGGGGAGGUGAAGCACCUUUUUAAAUGGGAUGAACCCAUGUUUCCUGCACCUUUGAUAAAGGGUUUUGAUGUGUUGUGUGGAGAAACAACCCAAGGGAUGGCCUUGUUCAAAUACUUUUAAGCGGCAUCCUUCCUCCCUUUCAUUGAUGUAAGCACUUCAGGGAAGGGACUAAAGGGUGCAUUUAGAGAGUAUUGGAACAUAGCCUGCGUCUCAGAUCUGUGGAUGUGGGAUGCACUGGGAUGACUCCUGUUGUAAAUAUUGUGACCGUUGAGCUGACUUUCUUUCUACGCUCGUCUAGCGAUUUCCUAUGUAGGGUGAUUGUGUAAAAGUGUGGAAGCGAUGAAAGAGGACCGUUUUUUAUAUAUAUUUUUUAUUUUUUACUUGGUCUCGCGUGUUUUGUUGAGACGUCAUGGAGACUGAUGUGUGUGUGUGUGAGCUCCCAGCAUGCAUUUGGCCUACAGGUCAGAGGAGGAUGAUGGUUGCUUUGGUCUUAAAGUACUGGCCUAAUGUGCUACUGAGUUGGUGUGACUGAAGGGAGGGAGGAGGGGUCAUGUUUAGGGAGAGAGGUGUCAUGGCUGCAGACUGUCCAUCAGAAUAUUGUACAGAAAAAAAUAUUAUUUUUCAAAAUGUUUUUUCUUUUAUUGCUUAUGUUUUCUUUAAAGAAACAUGUACUGUAAAGACCUUAAAGAAAUGCUACUAAUUGAAGGUGGUGAAUGAUUUACCUACUACUUGCUGAAGAAAAAAUUGAAAAGGAAAGAAGGAUAACUGUACGAUAGCUAGACAGAGCACCAAUGGCUAGACAGAGCACCAAUGGCUAGACAGAGAACUGUAUAUAUUUUUAUCAUUGUUUGUGAUGAGGGUUCCAUGAGAGGUUCUUCCAGGGGGGGGGGACUAGGGCACUGUACUGUCUCUUUAUCUAUUGGGGGGAAUGAUUUUUGGGGAGGUGGGUGGGUAGUAGUGGGUGUGUGGCGCUAUAGAGGUCUGAAUUACAAACUUUGCACCUGUUAUUGAACCUAUACACCAGGGUCUGAUUUCACCCUGCUGAACAGAUCCCAUGAUAUUAUGGACACUGUCAGAUCCACUCUUGUUCGCCACCUGCUGUUCACAUGUGGUACUGGAGCUACCACCAGAUGACAGUAUUUCCCCCACAGACCAUAGUCAUUGACUGAGUUGGUUACGAAGUGAUCAAAGUUCAGUUUUGCGUGUUUUGGAGGGGGUUACUUCUCUCAGCUCUGAAGCACAAGACUAAAGGAACAGAAAGGAAUGUUUGUUUGUGUGGGACAGGACAGUUCAAGCUGAUUCAUCCUCCAUCCCUACAGGUAGAUAGAUGUCCCUCCUCCCCCAACACACACAUCUCAAGAGGAUGGACAAAGGCAGUGUCCAGUGUGGUGUAUAUAGGCUUGGAGAAGGACCUUUUUUCACAUAUACAUAUAUAAAUAUGAAUAUAUGUAUAGAUAUAUACUGUAUAUUAUACAUAGAGGCACUAAAGUUUAAUUGUUAGUCGUGCACUCUCAGCAUGAGGUAUAUACCCACAAACGGCUUAUUGAAACCAGUGCAGUAGCAUCCCCAAUGUUUCUGCCCCUGCUCCUUGCCCUCUGUGACCCUGUAGUGCCAGUGCUCAUUCUGUUCUCAUUGUUUUCCAAGUGCCAAUAACUUUGUGAAACCCCUUAACUGUGACCCAAUAUUAUUCAAGGUAAUUGCACAUUAACUAUUGUAAAGAAAAAUCAUUAAGAUAAAUGUCAACAUGGAUUUAAAAAAACUCUUAAUAAAAGGUUUGUAACAAA